GUCCAUGCUGCGGUUGAGCGAGAAUGAACCUGUGCAGCCUGUACUGGACAAGAUGAGGGAACUCUACGCGAAAUUGGCGAUUGCAGGCAUCACGUACCCAGAGCAGACAAAGUCGGCUAUGCCAUGCAAGGGACAUGGAGGGAUCGAGGGCGUGGCAAUCGCGGUCGCUCUUACCACAGUCAAGGUGGUUGCGGGACUUGGAACCAGCGGGGGCGUGGUGGCGCUGGUGCAAGAGGAAGAGGUGGUCACUCCAACAAUGACAACAGUGAACCACGCUUGAGGGGAGAGUGCUGAGAUGUCUUCAGAUCCAUGUGGCAGAUCCCUGCACUCAUAUGGGAAUCAACAAAGAAGGAGUUGGGAGAAGUAAAGGCGUGAUCUGGAGUCCAGGGGGAGUGUAAUGCAGUUAGUGCUGCAGGAGUGACGGUUUCUGCAAGGUCGGGGGAGACUGAUUGGGAAACCGCACACAAGCGUCUAGGGCAUG